ACACACACACAUACUUUAUUCUCAUUCUCACUCCUCUUUUUCUUAACUGCGUGGGUGGUCAAGGUCGUUUGUGUGAAGUGAAUGUGAUUUUUGAUUAAAGAGCUCUGCGCAGGUUGGAUGUUGGUGACGUGGCCACAUAAAAACUUUUUACUUCCCAGUUACUGGGCAGUGCGCAUCAACGGUUCAGUGGCAGCCAUCUGCAGAUAAAGUGAAAAUGCCUCUACACAAGAAGGCAGACGACAUCCAUGCUGUGUAUGAGCUGAAGGAGAAACUGGGAGAAGGUUCAUUCUCAGAGGUGAGAGUGGCUCAACAUCGCCAUACACACAAGCUUGUAGCAGUCAAGUGCAUCCGCAAAAAGGCCCUGAAGGGUAAAGAGUCCAUGCUGGACAAUGAGAUUGCUGUAUUACGAAGAAUCAAGCAUGACAACAUAAUUUCCCUCGAGGAGACGUUCGAGACGCCUACAAAACUGUAUUUGGUAAUGGCACUGGUGACUGGAGGUGAGCUGCUGGAUCGAAUUCUUGAGCGAGGCAGCUACACAGAGAAGGAUGCCAGCCACGUCAUCCAGCAAGUCCUGGAAGCUGUCAAAUACCUCCAUCAGCUUGACAUUGUACACAGAGACCUGAAACCAGAGAACCUGCUAUAUGAAACGCCAUUAAAAGAUUCCAAGAUUGUCCUUAGCGACUUCGGGCUGUCUAAAAUAGCAGAUCAAGGCAUCUUGUCUACUGCUUGUGGAACCCCUGCUUAUGUAGCUCCUGAGCUUCUACAAGAGAAGACAUAUGGCAAAGAAGUAGACUUGUGGGCCAUGGGAGUGAUUUCAUUUAUAAUGCUGUGUGGAUAUCCUCCUUUCUACGAUGAUAACGACACUCAACUCUACAAACAGAUCAUAAAGGCAGAGUUUGAGUUUGACUCGCCGUAUUGGGAUGAUAUCUCACAUUCAGCCAAAGACUUCAUCGUCCACUUACUGCAGAAAGAUCCGAAAAAGAGGUUCAAUUGUGAGCAGGCCUUGCAGCAUCUUUGGAUUUCAGGUGGAGCAGCUCUGGAAAAAAACAUCUACGGUUCCGUGUCCGAGCAAAUCCAGAAGAAUUUUGCCAAAAGCCAUUGGAAGAGAGCUUUUAAUGCCACCAUGGUGGUGCAUCACCUCAGGAAGAAGGCCCAUGCUGGUGAGGAGGAAGAUCGAGACACAUCCACAGGAACAGAGACCUCAUAAAAUCCAACUGGCAGAGGACCAGAAAUCAACACGCGCAUACAUCUGAGUGAGCAUUUGUCAAACAGACCCUGCGUUCUGAAAUGCUGAUGUCGGCUCUAUGUGCUGCUUUGCCUGAUACGAACCAGCGGGACUUGUACAGACGCCAGAUGGAAGCGCAUUAGAGCAUCUUCGGAGCCUAGUCGCCACCAUCACUGUAUGGGAUUAGGGAUAGAAAACCGCAGGUACGCUUAACGCCAUGUUGUGAAAUGUAAUGUAUAAAGAGCAUGCUGCUAUUUGUAUUAUUAAACAUUAUCAGCCAGGUAAUGUUUCUACAGUUGCUGUGGCUAAAUUGAUAGAUAUUCCAUCUGUUCAAUGCACCUGAAAGUAAAUAUGAUGCAAAAAUGGGUCGAAGCCUUCAGAAUACAUUCAUAAGCUUUACAUAAAACUGGAGGUGACUGUUCAUCAUUGUUGCUGCUGCACAAUAUUUUUCUUUAUCUCACAUAACACAUAAUUGAAACUUCCUUUCCAUUCAAAUUCAUUUAGCCCAUAUAUUGGCUUUUAAAAAAAAAGUAAAAGUAAAAAAUUAUUGUUGUAUUGGUGCUUAUAGUGCUUCAUAAUCAUUUUAUGAACCUCCUUUACCCUGGAGACCACUUUUUCAGAUUUUUCCCUACAACAUUUUGAAAGAAUGGUCCAUUUAAAACUUUUAUGCACUGACUAAUGCCAGAAACUGAACAAACGCUAUGGAAAAAUAUCUGUUUGUUUUCUCUGGGUGUCUGCAAUAAAAUGUCACCUCUGUGAUAAAA